CUGUGACGAUAAUUAUCAAUUUGUCAAAAUGACGUUAAACAGGUUGAAAAGAAAAGAUGACAAAUAGAACACUUCGUUAUUUUUUAACAAAAUUUUCGAAAAAUGACUUUGCGUCGAGCGUGAGGAACUUUUCUAGGAAAGUAAGCAGCUCCGACGGCGGCUACAAAACAGUGAAAAACGUCCUUCCUGACGCGGGCUCCGGUAAUUUAGUGUGGCGCGAUCCCAGUUUUGAGCUGCUGGCGUCGAAUGGGUUUCCCCUUUUUUUACGGGGUAAUAUAGGUUUAGCGUGGUACGAUACUCAAACAACCAUCAAAACUCAUCAUGAAAUCGUUAUGGAACAGAUCGACGAUACGGCCGAGAAUACUGACGCGGACAUGAUUUUGAGGGUGCAGACUUGCCCGACAGUACUGCGGCAGACCGUUUCCGAUCUAUUUCCAUACCGUCCUUUGGAAAAAUCGGAAUUAUCCGUGAUUACAGUAAAUUUGAAGCCCAACUUGAAACAAAUGCGGACUAACGCAGAAAUGGAACUUGAGAGGAUGGCUCAAUUGUUUUUAAUUACAGCAAGGAACAUAUGUACAAAGCUGAAAGAGAACGGAUACUGGGCAGAUUUUAUUAACCCAUUUUCGGGCAGACCAUAUUUAGUACCGUCUUCGGGGAACGAACUUUACAAGGCUGAUGAACGGUUCCGCUGUCUGGACUUCCAAAUAUUCGAAAUCGACGAGUGCAAAAUAAUUUCAAACGACGGCGGCGUGAAAAAACGCUUCAUCGGUAGUCUGUUUACGAACGCGCCCUGCAACAAGUCCUAUUUGAACUCGAUUUUUACCUAGUGGAGCAGCUUCAAACUCUCAGUUUUGUUGGAAUUUAUAUUUUAAUUAAAUGCAUUGUAUGACCAUA